AUGGAUAUUUCAUAUAACAACCAGUCCUCGAAGAUACAAAUUCCCGAUGUUAAACGCUACGAUUUCCAACCUUAUGAAUCCAAUGGCGGCUCAAUAGUAGCAGUAGCUGGGGAUGGCUUUGCGGUUAUUGCUGCCGAUACCCGUCUAAGCAGUGAUUAUACUAUUCACACACGUAAUCAAAACAAAUUAUUUCCACUAACAACUGAAACUGUCCUUGGUUCGACUGGAUGCUGGAGCGAUACCUUGGCUCUUACUUCGUUAGUUCAAAUUCGCAUGAAAAUGUAUGAACAAGAGCAUAUGAAAAUCAUGCCCACCGAGGCCGCAGCGCACAUGUUAUCAAUUCUGAUGUAUAAUCGACGCUUCUUUCCCUAUUAUGUAUCGAAUAUAUUGGUUGGCCUAGAUAUUGAAAGCAAAGGAGUUGUUUACUCAUAUGAUCCUAUAGGCCAUUGUGAGAAAUCCAUGUAUAAGGCUUCGGGUUCGGCGGGAUCUCUUUUACAGCCGGUUUUAGACAGUCAGCUCGGCAUGAAAAAUACCGUACCGCAAAAGUGCAGCCCUUUUGUCGAAUUUAAUAAGGAAAGAGCCGUACGCAUAGUGAGCGAUGCAUUCAUAUCGGCAGCAGAACGCGAUAUAUACACGGGUGAUACUGUUGCCAUUGAUAUCAUUACUCAAGAUGGGUGCGAAGUACGUGAACUACAGUUGCGAAAGGAUUAA